AUGCCUCAGAAGAACCACCACCAACACAACAACAACAACAACAACAUCAACAACAACAACACAAACCAACACCAACAGACAACUAGCAACAACAACAACAACAACAAUAACAAUACCAACAACAACAACAACAACUGCCCAUCUCGAAGGUUCACCCUACUCCAGGACCCUUCCCUCAAUCCAACUGGCAAGUUCCUCGUGGUCUCAAACUCUGAACUCAGAUCAUACCAAGCUUGGAAAGUAUCAGAACAACAACAGAUCAACUAUCGAUCCAUCUCAUUCAGAUCAGACCUACCCUACUCAUACAAGUGCGUCGAUUGGAGUACCACUCGUCAGGGUUUCGAUCUCGUCGCCGCUGGCACUUCCACCGGCAGGGCCUUCCUCGUCACCCUACCCUACGCACACCAUCCCACCUCAAAACCAGAGCUCUACUCGCCCCAUCCGAUCAUCAGCUUCUCCACCGGCAGAUCCACCCGUCCCUGUAACUCCAUCGCCUUCUCUCCCUGUGGAAAGCUACUCGCACUCGCACUCGACAAGGCCCGUGACUAUGGCCUCCAGAUCUAUGACCUCGAUCGCAUCCUCGGCCUCUCCCAAGCCAUCGCCUCCAACAAUCACGAGCCCAUCCCUCCUCCAAUCAAGAACUCUCUUCCGCCUCCUUCCUCCCCAGCACCUCCCUCCUGUAUAACCAACCAAUACUCACCCGAACUCGUCAUCUCUCCUCAUCCAACCUCAUCCGCCACCGACCCACACUCCGAUCAGCUUGCCCUGGCACAGGCCAUCAAUGCCGAAACCGUCCAUGCCAUCGAAUUCAUCCUCAUCACUCCUGCCUCCAACCAGCCCUCUCUCCUGGCCGCCAGCUCCUCAAAACUCAUGGCGCUCUACGACCUACGCUCUCCCGGUACCAAAAAUACCGAUCAUACCCUCAAUCCCGACUUUGCCACCGGCGUACUCAAUCCAGUCUCACAAUGGCCGGCCCGCUCGAUCUUGGGCAUCAAGGCAGAUCCUCUGGUUGCUUAUCGCUUUGCUACAUGGGGUGACGAUCGAUGUGUGAAACUCUGGGAUAGCCGAAAGACUAGUGAAUGUGUCCUCCAAUUCUCGCAAGAUGAUCCCAAUCCGACCAGCGCUCGAGGCAGUAGGAAGACCGAAGGCUCGAUCAAAGGCGAGCACUCAAACCAGAUCCUCUCAGUCACCUGGUCGAAAGCUAGGAAAGGCCUCCUCGCCACCCUCUCCUCCGACUCAUCUAGGGUCCGAAUUUGGGACAUCGUCGAUGGCAAUCCGCCCGUCCAAAGCGCGAGGAAUUGGGGCGAUGGGUCUCUUCUGAAUCCGUUUGGGACGAGAACCAAUCUGCCUCCGGGCUCUGGAUCUUCGUCUACUUCGCCAGCCUCAUUCCCCAAUGUGGCGGCGAAUUUCAGGAAAUCAGCCAUUGCUCCUCGAGGCUCUUCUCCCUCCACUUCCCCGAGAGAAAAGGUCCAGCUUCCCAAUUACACCAUCUUGUCGUCCCGACUCCUGAAACCGUUCAGUCGACCGAGCCAGGCCAUCGUGGCCGCUCACAUGCCUACCUUGGGAGGGACGACUGCCUCGAAUUCAUCGCUAGAAUACUGCUGUAACUUGCUCAGCAUCUCCCGUGAAGGCCAUCUAGAGUUUCUCGAAUCCAAGUCUCCGGGCGAAGCGAGCUUUGGAGCUAGAGGUCAGACGGCCUACUCGGAUGGCGUUCGCCUCAGGAUCGAAUGGCAUCCCCUCAACCACACCACCAACCGACCACAACCAGAGACUCAAAACACCACAUCGAUUCCCAUGUCUACCGAAAGCUCGAAUACCAUCACUGCAUCCAUAAGGUCUCCUCCACGCUUGGAUUUAGAUCCACAGCAACCGCUCCCUCUGGACCUCAAGACCUGUUCCUUCCAGGACAUCGACAAUCGUUGCUCGAUCAACUUACCCACUGCCGAGCUCAACUCUGGGCCCUUGAAGAAUGACAUCUCGAUGGUCAUGAUGAAACGUGCAUUGAGUGGAUACGGUCCUAACCCAAUGAAGAAUGAACAUCUGGUCCCCGGUGAUCCAGUGUUGGGCGCAUUCUGGGAAUGGAUCACUCAUUCCGACAAACUAUCUCAACAAGGGACCGGGUUAGUUAAUGGAUAUGACUUCAGUUUCCAAGGGGUCCUGGCGAUCAUGAAAGGAUUUUUACCUGUAGAUCAACAACAACAACAACAACAACAACAAUCAUUUGGAACAGAUCUAGGGACACCACCAUCACAGCGAAGGGGAGCUCAAAUGACGACCCCAGAAAGAUUUGGAGUAGAAUUCUUGAGGAGUCCGAAGCCGACCAACAAUAACCAUCCUCCUCCUCCUCAGAACCCUAAUUAUUCGAAGCAAGUCUCACAGUAUUUGAAAGCUUUGAGGACGUUCAACCAUAGUCAUCAAGUCGAGAAUUUUACGAUCUCAUCCGAGUUUAGUGACCAACGGCAGACGGCCUUGUUCCUUUGUGGGCCGGAUUAUAACUCGGGGAAGAUCGAGGAGGUCUUGACCAAAUAUGAACAGAUGGGCAUGUAUGGCAAGGCGUGUGCGAUCGCCCUGUUCUCUGGUAACACCCAACGGGCAAUCACCAGUCUCCAAAGAAGCGAUGAUUUACAGCUACGUACCUUAGCCCCACCGCUUGCGACGCACUUGAACACACAAAGACACGGACAAGCUCGGGACCCGAUCUUCGAUCAAGUGUGUCGGCAACUCUCGGAUGAGCGGACGUCGGAGCCGUACCUGCGGGCGAUCUUUGCGUACUGUGCGACGGGCGAUUGGCGCGAGGUGAUCGAUGAGACCGGACUGCCGCUGAAGGAUCGACUGGCAGUGGGCCUCCGGUUCUUGAGCGACGAGGAGAUCUUCCACUGGCUUGAGGAGAGUGCAAGGGACGCGAUCCAGUCGGGCGACCUGGAGGGGAUCCUGUUGACCGGACUGAACCAUGCCGGACUACUCAAGAGCAAGAAAACUGACGAGAUGCUGGAAGGAAAGGUGUCGAAGAGUCGGGGGUCCUCGGACGAGUCCCGCGACCUGCUCGGGCCCGGCUUCCGUCUCAUCCAGACCUAUGUGAACCGGACCGGCGACCUCCAGACGGCCGCGUUGGCCAGCCAUCUGGUGGUGCCCACCAGACUUAGAGAGCCGACGGCCGAGCGCUGGGUGGACAGCUAUCGUCGGCUGUUGGAUCGCUGGACGCUCUUCAACGUUCGGGUCGAAUUGGACAUCUCUCGAGGCUUGAAGGCCCGUCAAUCGCUUACCACCUCUCUGAACUCUACUGGCACUACUACUACAUCAUCAUCAUCCCUCUUCCCCUCUCAAGCUGUGAAUCCAAACUCGCUCGUUAUCGCCCCGCCUCAACUCUUACUUCGUUGUCAACAUUGUCUCGAAGUCCUCUCCGACGGGCCGAACGUUCGGGCACAACUUCAUCGGAUCAGCGAGCGUGCUCCUCCAGUUCUUAUCCCUCCUAUCGUUUCUUCGUCUUCUUCUUCUGCUGCUGCUGCUGCUUCUGUGGCUGCGUCGGCUUUCACGUCCGCUUCGGCUUCCUCGGCCUCCGUCUCCGCUUCCGCUUCUCCCGUCGGAUUCUCUAAUCUUCCUGGAAAUCCGGCGGCGAUCGGGCCUGCUUCGAGUAAAAAAAAUAUGUCUUCUAAUAAUCCUUUGUUUGUUCAAUCUAAACAGACGAAUCGAUGUCGAAUGUGUGGGAAAGGCUUACCGAAAUGUUCGAUCUGUUUAAUUCCGUUAACGAUAAAUGAUUCCCGUACUCCAUCUAUAUGGGCAUGGUGUCAUCGAUGCAGACAUGUAGGCCAUGCACACCAUCUAGAUCUGUGGGCCAGUCGUGGUAAUCUCGUCUGUCCCGUCUCCGGCUGCGACUGUCUUUGUUGGGACGCCUCCGGCCCCGCUUCGUUCCCCCUCCCCGCGUCUUCUCCCUCUCCCUCGUCGGCUUCUUCUCCUUCUUCUCCUUCUUUGAAAUAAUCUUUUGGACUUUUCUUUUCUUUUUUUCUUUUUUUUUGGGGGGGGGGG